GUCCGGUGUCGGGGGCAGCGCCGGGGCAUGCGGUUCGUGCUGAAUAAAGAGCGACGCCAUUUCCCACCUGUGGAUUCGGACGGGUUUGGGGCUGAGUUUCCCAUCAGCAACGUGCGCCGGGAGGACGGCGGGAGCUACAGCUGCUCCUAUCACAGCAGAUCGGAGCCGUUCACCAUGUCGUACCCCAGCGACCCCGUGGAGCUGGUGGUGAGAGAUCCCAGCUUACCCAGACCCUCCAUCUCCCUGAACUCCACCGGGGUCAUCGCCCCAGGGGCAAACGUCACCAUCCGGUGUCAGGGGCAGCGCCAGGACGUGAGGUUCUUCCUGCACAAGGCUGGAGACCUGAACCUGCAUCCUGAGGUCAAAGAGGAAAACUCGGCUCAGCUGUCAGUCCCUGUGGUGGGAACCAGGCAGCUGCAGGAGGGGAUGUGGUUUGCUGGGCAGGGACCAGGCAGCUUCAGGAGGGGAUGUGGGUUGCUGGGUGCUGCAGGGAUCUGGCUUUGCUCUGACUGUGAUAGAUUUGGGCUGGAGAUUGCAGAGAAACCAUCUGAUGGGAAGAAAGGGGCCAAGCGCAUCACGGGCUUCCUGGGGCUGCAGCCCCUGGCGCAGUUCCUCAUUCCGCUCGCACUCGGGCCUCAGGCAGCUGGGGACAUAGGGACAUGGGGCACCCUAGGGGCCAUGGCUUGUGGGCACCCCCCCCCCCAUGCCCGGGGCCUCAGGACAUGCUCUGGUACAGCCGUGCCGGAGAGGACGUGGGAUCAUUCUGCCAGCCUGAGCUGCCUGUGGGUCAUUCGCACUGUGGUGGUUGUUGAGCCUGUGAAGCGGCCCGGCUGCGAGCUCAUGUGGCGUGAAUUCCCCAAACCCACCAUCUGGGUGAGCCCCAGCAGGGUGGUGGCGCUCGGGGGAAGCGUCACCAUCCGCUGUGAGGGUUUGUACCCGGGCAUGGAGUUCGUUCUGCGUAAAGCUGGACACCCGAACCUGGAGCUGCAGUCGGUGCCUGAUGGGACCGUGGCUGAAUUUCCCAUCCCCAGCGUCAGCCGGGAAGAUGGAGGGAGCUACACCUGCCAGUAUCACUCCAUAACGGAUCAGAGUCGCUGGUCGUAUCUCAGCGACCCCGUCGAGAUCAUUGUAGCAGAGCCCAGCUACCCCAAACCCAGCAUCUCCCUGAGACCCAGCGGGGGGGUCUCCCUAGGGGGAGCCGUGACCAUCCGGUGUCAGGGGCAGCGCCGGGGCAUGUGGUUCGUGCUGAAUAAAGAGCGAAGCCAUUUCCCACCUGUGGAUUCGGACGGGUUUGGGGCUGAGUUUCCCAUCAGCAACGUGCGCCGGGAGGACGGCGGGAGCUACAGCUGCUCCUAUCACAGCAGAUCAGAGCCGUUCACCAUGUCGUACCCCAGUGACCCCGUUGAGCUGGUGGUCUCCUCGCAGCCCAGCGACCCCGUGCAGCUGGUGGUAGCAGCCUCCCCGGGGCGCCCGGAUUUCACCCACGCCAACAUCGCCCGCCUGGGGCUGAGCGCCGGGGUCCUGCUUGUCCUGGGGCUGAUCCUGGCCGAGGCCUGUUACAGCCGCCCGAGGGGGGCGCCCUAGCUGAGGUGACCCCUUUGUCGCUCGCCUCUGGAUCCUUUUUCCAGUGU